AUUCGAGAACCAUCAACAUCAUGAUACGCAACAACAUGUAACUUGUAACUCAUCUACAUAACCUAUAACUGUCGCGAAAACCGCGUACAAAAAUACUAGUUUACCUCGAUCGUCCAUAGUUUGAAGAAAUAGUAAUUUAUUAUCAAUUUUAGAUGAAAGCUUAGUUUGUGUCAUGUCUACAGAAAUUUGCCGAUAACGAUAUUCUACGACAUUUCGUAAUUGUCAACAAAAAAUUCCAGAAAAAUUUAAUAAUAAUGUGCGGUGAAAAAGUCAUCGGUUACUGGAUCUCUGAAAGAAAGCGCCAAAAGUUUAAUUGGUCAGAUUUUCAUAAUGUUUGUAAGAAGGAAGGUUUUACGUUGAAAAUGAUUGAUGUCAACUCAAACCUUGAAUCUCAAGGUCCAAUUCAUGUUUUUCUACACAAACUGACAGAUGUACUUGCACACGCGGAAAGUGGAGAUAAAAAUGCCAAAGAAAUUGUAACACGGGUGCAAGGAUAUAUUCGCAAACAUCCAGAACUAAUAGUUAUAGACCCUUUGGAGAAUAUUAGGAAUUUAUGCAACCGACAUUUAUCGUAUGAAAUUAUACGAGACGGAAUGCAAUAUAAUGACGUAUUCGUUCCAAAUUCUGUGGAAAUCAGAACUAGCAACAAGGAGGAAAUACUAUCUUUGCUGAAAACGAAUGGAAUAAGAUUUCCCUGUGUUUGUAAGCCCCUCCUUGCGCAUGGAUCGAGUGAUGCUCAUAAGAUGAUGAUCAUUUUCAACGAGAAUGGUCUGAAAGAUUGUCAGCUACCUUGCGUUACUCAAAACUUCGUUAAUCAUAAUGCUACUUUAUACAAAGUAUUCAUUGUCGAUGACCAUUUUUACGUUGUCGAACGACCUAGUUUAAAAAACUUUUAUCAAAGGGAUUGUUCUUUACUCGACACAAUUUUCUUCAGCUCGCAUGAUAUUUCAAAAAGUGGUUCGAAUUCCAAGUGGUCUAUUAUAUCUGAGGAAGAUGCACAUCUUAGCACAAAACCAAAAUACGAAAUCCUCGAAAAAAUUGUCAAGCAGAUUGUAAAAAUUUUCGGCCUCAUUUUAGUCGGUGUAGAUGUCGUUAUUGAAAAUCACACCGAAAAAUAUGCAAUAAUUGACGUUAAUGUUUUCCCUGGGUAUGAUGGAUAUCCACAUUUUUUCGAACAUCUAGUCGACAGUAUUAAAAAGCGUAUCAAGGCGAAGAAAUGUUAUAAACAGAAUUUUAAAGAACCAUGCUUAAAAAAGUGUCUCAGCGAUGAUCUCGAUUCUGGAUUCGAAAGCGACGAGAGAAAAAAAUUGUUAAUGACAUGGAAAUAGACAUUGAAAUUUUAUUGUGAAAAAGUAUAGAGACUGAUGAUGAGUUUGUGGCCAUUCGUUUGCAAAAUUUCACUUUUUUGCAUUUAUUAACAUUAUUUGGAGAUACAGUCCAGCAUUUUUAAUCACAUUUACGUUUGUGACUUUUUUAAAUGGAUUUUUAACAUGGUCAAAUGCAGAAGAGUGAAAUAUUGGAUUAAGAGGUAAUAUCAUAAUCUCAUUUGCAAUUUUUAUUAGAACUAUUGAGCCUUGAGUCGCAAUUAUUUAGAACCGAACUGAAAAAAUGGCAAUCUCUGCGUUAAAUCCAUAUUUGUAUUCGAAAAACAUCUUGCUGCCAAAAUAUUUAUAAGGAAACCUCCAAGGAAAGGAAAAUCAAUUAAUAUAUCAAACAUAUAUCAUCGUUAAAGUAAUUUUGGUGUAUAUAAUUUUUCCCAAACAGUCUUGGAAAAUUAAACUGCAAUUCUAAAUUUAAUUUGAUAUUCUAAAAUAAGAUCUUCUGGACGAAAAGAUUCAAUGUGAUAAAUAAAUUCACGAGAAUUAUCUUCCUUGAGAUACUUUAUUUAGCGGAAAAGGUCAUUAUACUAGAUUUUAAAAGAACUUUUUUUUGUAGCUAAUUUUAAACAAUAAUAUUUAUUUAUAAUUCGUUAAUUAGAUAAUAAAAUAAUAUUUAUACUUCUGUUCUCUGUUCUGCAAAACUAAAACAGUAUUAAUCUCUCAAAUCCUUUAAACUCUAAAGAAUCGCCAAGUGAUAUUUUGCAGCUUUUUUUUUGCCUCAAAGGAUUUCCUAUGAAUAAGCUCCUUAAUUAUGUGCCAGCAGUGCGUAUAUUCUGUAUAUAAAAAUUUUAUCUGUAAAUAAUACUGGAGAAUGUUUUAUGUCUGUAUUAUAAACUGUUCGAGAUUUAUUUUUGUACCAAGCAUUCUUCAGUCUGUAAAGUUCGAUUCAUUCCCAAUUUAGCUUGCGAAUUUCCAUAUAUGUGUACAAAGUACAGUUUUAAGUUUUUUAUUUAUUAAAAAACGUAGCUUUACUUGCGAGGAUUUAUAGUUUUGUAUAUUAUAAGCUGUAAUAAAAUGAAAUAAAAUGAACAAUUUCCUAUG